CACUCCAGCUUUGAACCGAGGUUCCUGUUCCACGUUACUUCUCCAGCUGGGCAUGAACGGAGCAGGAGAGCCCGAUCCGGGGGGUGGAGGCUACAAAAGACGUUAUAGAGCCUUAAAGAGGAGGCUCAAAUUCCUGAUUUAUGAGCAAGAAUGUUUCCAAGAAGAACUGAGAAAAGCACAAAGAAAACUCUUGAAGGUUUCGCGGGAUAAAAGUUUCCUGCUUGAUCGCCUGCUCCAGUAUGAAAAUGUGGAUGAAGACUCCUCAGAUUCGGAAGCAACAGCCUCCUCCGACAACAGUGAUGGAGAGAUGCCGAAAGGGGCAGAGCCUCAGUCCCUCAAGAGAAAACACAGCCCCCAGCUUGGCAGUGCCUCAUCACCAUCCUCCUCAGGUCUUUCUCUGCAGCCAACAUCUGGUUUUGGGCUUCCAGCUUCAGGGACAUCAUCGCCCUACUUAGCCUCACUGAAUUCACCCACUUAUGCUCCCUUCCCCUCUGACUACUUGGCACUGGGGCCCGAACCUGUUCCCCCCCAGCCUGACAGCAACGCUACUCGCUCUGCCCGGCGACCAGCAAGGCCCCACACGCUAAAGCUCCCGCUGCCCCCAGCGUCACAUUCAGACUGUUCUUCCGUCGUGGUGGGAUUACCUUUUCCUUCACCCAGAGGGACUCCCAAGCUGCCACCCCCUACAAUCCUCAGCACGGUGCCCCAUCAGAUGUUCAGUGAUGCAGGAGAGGGAAGCGGCGAAGAUCCCCUGGAUGGUGACGAUGAGCUGGUCAUCGACAUCCCUGAGUGACAACGGCAAAGCCGGCGCGUCAUUUUAAAGGACACAGGCCUCUCGGUUGUGUGUGAGGGGGAUGAUGCCCCUCCAUUUUAUUUUUUUUAUUUGUUUACAGACUUGGGGGGGGGGGAAACAUGCAAAACAGUCAAUAAAGGGGA